AUGUCGAAGACAUUGCUUCUACCACCAAGAAGUCUCAGCUUGAUCGUUUUCGAAUCUGUUGCUUCGGUUGCACUCAUCAUUCUGUCUUUACUUGGUAAUGUUUUAAUUCUAACAGCGCUGUAUCGUAACCCGCGGUUAAGAAACACUACAAAUAAUUACAUCGCCGCUCUUGCAGUGACGGACCUUCUCAGUGCUUGUGUCCCAGGAACUCUCUUUGCAAGUACACUUAUUGCGGGGAGACUAGUCUUUGGAAUGCCUUUAUGUCGGCUGAGUGGUUUCCUGGUUCACUUUCUGACCUAUUUUUCCAUGACAACGAUGACCUUGACAGCAGUCAAUCGUUACUUCCGCGUUGUAAGGCCCCAGUUGUACCGGAAGUUGUUCACCAAGACAAGGUCUCGGGGAAUUUUAGUAGUUCUCUGGCUUGUUAUCGCCGGCUUCGUUUUUUAUCCGACGGCGCUUGGCAUGGGAACGUUUACGUUCAACCCUGUGCUGUCAUUCUGCGCAUACACUUUUGCGAGUCAAAGCGCAGAAACGGUGUUUACAGUGACAGUGGUCUGCGUUUUUGUCGUCUUUUCCUUGUCGGUAAUUUGCGUGUGUUAUUAUCACGUUUCCAAAGAGAUUCGCAGACACAACGUCGGAAUACGUCUCUCCCUUCAAGGUGUUUCCGUCCAAGAAAUAAAUCUGUCCAAAGUACUCUUCAUCGUGGCUUUCGCGUUUGCUAUAUGCUGGAUUCCCACGUUUGUGGUCGUCUUGAUCAUAAGGGUCAUUUUGGAUGGGGCCCCACACGAAUUAGCUGUGGUGAUUCCCUUCUUGAUUCAGACUUCAAGCGUUUUGAACCCCCUCAUAUAUGGAGUAUUGAGUCCACCCUUCCGUCGGGAGUUCCGCCGUUUGUUUACGCCCAAACGGAGGGCUCGUUCUGGUGAUAUAAAUUCAAAUGCAUCCUCGCCAACAGGACAGAUAGGUCUGGCUCUGGAGCAGAUAUCUAUCGGUCACCCAUGGACUGGGGGUGAUUCUCGCAGGCAGGGAGAUGGUUCAGAUGAACUAGCACAGUUUCCAAGCUUAAAGGUUGCCUGGUCGGUAUAA